UGUAUCUGCUGGCAAAGGGAAUGUCCUCUCCUGCAUGGCUAACCCUUGGAGGUGCAUAAAGAGAAGCCGUCUCUACAGAACUCUGUUUCCUAAAGACUGGAGAGUUUGAGACUAAAAAUUAAUACUAGAUGCAGGACAUGGCAAUCAGUUGUAAUAUUUAAAGGGUUUUGGGAUAAAAUUUAGCCGUACUUUAUCUGCAGAAACAUUAAAAGUGUUAUAAUCUGGUUUGGGGGGAGGAAUUCUCAACAAGUCAUCAGGCAUUGAUAGGACUGUCUCUUCUCUUAGGAUGUCCACAAGGAAUGAGAGAAACUAGGAGAGCAGUGAUGAGUUAAGCCAUCAGUUGAAUGAUUAAAUUGUUACUGUGAGUGCUACCAUAGAUUCUAUGCUCUGACUAUCUAAUACAGGUUACUGCAAAAUUGGUGGGCACGACGCAAGAUCAAGAAAGGAGGGCAGUUACUGGAGCAUAAAAUUUCUCUACCUCAGUGGGAAAAAGAUUGGAAUCUACAGCCCAUGAAUCUCCACGGUCUGAUGGAUGAGUACUUAGAGAUGGGUCAGUGUUCUUAUGAAGUUGCCCUUUUUCAUUAUAAAAAAAACAAAAAACUGGUAGAUUCUUGGCUGUGAGUCUGGUAAGACCUGCUCCCUGCCUUGCAGGCCUUUUCCCACCUGGCCUGGAAAGGUGGGACCCUGACUGACUCCAGCUACAAAGGUGAGUCUGUUGAAUAGACUAUUAGGCUGGAGUAUUAUUUAGGUUUUUUAAAAUUGUGGAUAGAGUUGUUGCUGGUUUUUAUAUUAAUUAUCUUUUUUGUAUUUUUUUUGCUUAAUUUGGUUGUGUACUUUUCAUAUUUUAUUUAUUUUUUAUGACUACUUUUGUUACGUUUGUAAUUAUUUGAUUUUUGUGUGUGCUGUAAGCUACCUUGAGCAUGGUUUGAACUAUGGAAAGGCGGCAUACAAAUAAAAUUAUGUAUGUAUGUAAUUUGAUGAAUGUCAUACAAAUUCCGUCUUUUCUUAGACAUGGAUCCCCCUUUUCUUUUCUUUUCUUUUUGACCAUCACUUUGAGGUUUUUAUUAAAGUUUUUCACAAUACAAUAAAAUAGCUGCUAUUAACAAUACAAAUAGAAUAAGAGUCCUCUCUUAGCCCUUACCACCAACAGAAGAUAGUAGCUCCUCCCAGCUCUCACCUGGGAUCUUCCCUUUCUUCUAGCCUCUCACCUUGGGACACGGACAUUUUCCUGACUCUCACCUGGGGUCCUCCAUCAAUCAUCUACCACCCCCAUGAGUAUACAAUCUCUGAACCUUAAUAAAGGCCUGAGUCAUAGGACUCCAAAGAAAACAGAAGGGUAACCAAGAGUGGUUCUCCCUUUUUGAUCCUGUGUACUUUCUUUCCAGUUCUACAGUUCGGCUUCACCACAAUCUUUGUUGCUGCUUUUCCCCUGGCACCUCUCCUGGCCUUGCUCAACAAUAUCAUAGAAAUCCGGCUUGAUGCAUAUAAAUUUGUCACUCAGUGGAGGCGACCGAUGCCUGCAAGAGCAACUGAUAUAGGUGAGACAAAGUGCAGUCACUGUAGCAACUUCUUUUUAUCAUUUAGUCUGCAAGUUUUGUUUUUGGUUUACAAAUACUAAGCAACAUGAGAGAGAAAUCCCAAGCCCUGGCUUGGAAACAGUGAAGCCGAACUGAGUAGCAGGUCUCCUACCACAUCCAGUUCCUCGCUGCUUGCACUACCCAGGGCAGAGGGCAGCAGUGGUCAUUUUUCACUCUCUUGUUUUCUGCUGUAUCAGCUCCAAGCGCAGGUCAAAGUGUUGCUGUGUGUGAUCCACCAGUUCCCAAAUGAAAAUAGAUGGCACCAGAAGUAAUCUGAUAUGGUCCUAGCCUUUUGGAAGGGCAAUGGUGUUGUUUUCGUACCUGCAGUGUAAUAAUUAUAAAUGAGUCUCAAAUGAGGCAUCACAUACUGUGGCUGUGGAUGAUAAAUUUGCAAACUGGAUCUAAAAAUGGAAGCUGUUUGUUUUCUAGACUCAGUUCGAAUGAAGGGCAAGCUGUGCAGGGCAAUUGAGAAAGUGCAGAUUUAAUUCUAUUUUAGAACAAAGGCUUCUUUGAGCAUGGACUGGAAAAAAAGUAUUAAAUAAUCUGCUUUCUCAUGUUUGCUUGUUUUGUGUUUAGCCUCAUGAUAAUUAUCCUCUCCUAGGGAUCUGGUAUGGAAUCCUUGAAGGAAUUGGAGUCCUAGCCGUCAUCACCAACGCUUUUGUUAUUGCCAUUACAUCUGACUAUAUCCCACGCUUUGUUUACGCAUACAAGUAUGGUCCCUGUGUCGAUCAAGGAUACAGACAAGAAAAGUAAUUAUGCCUUUUCUGUAUUUUUCGCUGAUGGACUCACUUUUGUAUUUUGGCAAAAGUUUGCAUUUUCCCUUUUGUAUAUUUUGCUCUUUAUUUUGCACGUUUUAUUAUGGUUACAGUGGGCCAGAAUGGAUUGCAUCAGAGGCCAAGCUAGAGCACUUGAACUGUGUGUGUUCAGUUUUAGUCACAUGCUGGAAGUGAAUGAGACAGCUGGAAAAUUUCAAUUGCUUAAUAUGCCCCCAAAUAGUGAAAGACCUAGAAAACAUUGUGCUAGAAACAAAAAAAUAAUAUUGCAAGACUACAUCCCCUCCAGGCAAUUACGACAGAAAGAGGGAUGUUAACAGAAAUAUAGGGAUGCUCCUGAAUGUUGUCAGCUGCAUCCCUGUGCCAUGGUUCUCUCCACCUCAAUUAGGGAUGGAGGAGAAAUUUGUACCAGUUUCGCUAUGGUCUAAACCACAGAGCCUAGGACUUACCAAUCAGAAGGUUGGCGGUUCGAAUCCCUGCGACGGGGUGGGCUCCCGUUGCUUGGUCCCUGCUCCUGCCAACCUAGCAGUUCGAAAGCACAUCAAAGUGCAAGUAGAUAAAUAGGUACCGCUCCAGCGGGAAGGUAAACAGCGUUUCUGUGCGCUGCUCUGGUUUGCCAGAAGCGGCUUGGUCAUGCUAGCCACAUGACCUGGAAACUGUCAGCGGACAAACGCCGGCUCCCUCGGCCAGUAAAGCGAGAUGCGCGCCGCAACCCCGGAGUCAUCCACGACUGGACUUAAUGGUCAGGGGUCCCUUUACCUUUAUGUAAUUCACACCUCCUGAAACAAUACGCAAAGCAAAGCACACAUAUCCAUCAAAAUGCACACAUCUCUGAAUUUUGUGAUGCGGUUCUCCAACAACAACAAAAAGGUACAGUCAUGCAUAUAUUAGAGAAUGUGUUCAUAAUGUGUAUAUUCACAAAAAGAAAAGAAAAUACAUUAUAUUAGGUAAAACUGCAUGCAAAAAUGUGUAUAUUAGAAUACAUAUGCACAAAAAAAGUUUUCACGAGGAUUUUAAAACAACAACCAAGGAACUGAAACUGGUGUGGCAAAAAGAGAAUAUCAGCAAAACUGGCAGAUUUGCCUCUAAUUCCAGUUGAUCUCAUAUCCUGAUGUACAGAACGCAGCUUACCCAGUGGUGAUCCCAGCUUCCCAAUAGUGGCAUCACUGUCGCUUGCUAGGAAUGGCAAGGCUGCAGUGAGGUUGGGACUAUGAGUCCUAGAAGACCUGCUCCCUGCAUUGCAGGCCUUUUUCCACCUGGCCUGGGUAGGGAGAGCCCUGACUGACUCCAGCUACAAAAGCUGAGGCUGCUGAGCAGACACUUGCUCUGGGGUCUUGUUGAGGGCGAGGUUGUUGCUGUUAUUGAUAUUAAUUUCUGUAUCCUUAUUUUAGAACUUACUAUGAUUAAAUUUAGAAAUGGUUCAAAUUGGUUGUGUGCUUUUUGAUGUGUUUCAUUUAUUGUUUAUGACUAUUUUUGUUCUAUCAUAUAAAUUUGUUUCAUGCUGUAAGCUGCCUUGAGCAUAAUUUAACUAUGUAAAGACGGCAUACAAAUAAAAUGAUGAAUAGAUAUAUGUUUGAUUAUUAUAAUAAUAAUUUAUUAUUUAUACCCCGCCCAUCUGGCGUGGCUUCCAGCAGGAUAUUAAAAACACAGUAAAAGAUCAAACAUUAAAAACUUCCCUAAGCAGGGCUGCCUUCAGAUGUCUUCUAAAAGUCAGAUAGUUGUUUAUUUCUUUGACAUCUGGUGGGAGGGCAUUCCACAGGGCAGGCGCCACUACUGAGAAGGGGGAAUUGGCAGGCAGUGCACUGGAUACAACACAUAAAGAGGGAUGUGGUGUUCUUCAACAAUGGAACUUUAUUUCUUAUGAAAUAUUUCCAAAGCCUGGGCUUGUUUUUGUAUCAGGAUUUAUCUUCUAGGAUGUGGAAAGCUUACGCCAGGGAAUGAAUUUUGAGAAUUACCAUAAGAACUAAGCCAUUUGUGGUCUCUAACCUAGUCUAAUGAUGCACUCUCAUCCCAUAAACAUUUAAUCAGUAUUUUUGGCCGGUUGGUGUCAGGGGUCACCUGUUUCACACAAGGCUUUGGUAGGGUGUUGCAUAUACAACAGCACUAUUAUUUAUUGUAUACAUUGCUGUCGACAAUAUGAAAUAAUGGUUAAGCUAAUUUUUGAUGUUACCAAUUGACAGUGUGUGUUUUUAUUCCUUGGCUUUACAGUUACACAUUUAAUAGGUGGGUAUGAGGGAAAAUACUGCUUAACACAGAGAGUUUUAUCUUCUUCUUUUUUCUAAUCUGCUCCAUCAUUCAUAGCUCUUUCUUGGCUCUAACUCUUUUCACAGCCAGUAUCCUGCCUUCCAUACAAUGCCCCCAGAUUUUGUAGCCCAAUGAGAAAACAAAAAAGAUAAGCUUUGGGCCUAAGUGUCAACUUCCUCAUCAAAUGAUACCGUUUAAAUGCAUUGAUGCAGUCCCUGUAUUGUAUUGGCUCAUUAAUGAAUGAAAAUGUUUAUUUAUACUAUGUUGAUCUGCCCUCAUACAAUCAAUGUUCUUCCGCCUAACAAAGGAAAGCCAUAAUUUCACUCAGGGAAAGGCAGAAAAAACCAACCACGUGCCAAUCAGAUUGAAAGGGGGAAAAAUUCCUUUCUGGCCCUGUCAACCAAUGACCCAAAAUUGGUCAGUGAAGGCUCUAACCCAGGAGUCAGCAAAAAUUUUCAGCAGGGCGCCAGUCCACUGCCCCUCAGACCUUGUGGGGGGGCCAGACUAUAUUUUGGGGAAAUAAAUGAACGAAUUCCUAUGCCCCACAAAUUACCCUGAGAUGCAUUUUAAAUAAAAGGACACAUUCUAUUCAUGUAAAAACACACUGAUUCCCAGACCAUCUGGGGGCCGGAUUUAGAAGGCAAUUGGGCCGGAUCUGGGCCCUGGGCCUUAGUUUGCCUAUCCAUGCCGAGGGUGGGCAGACAGAAAGCUCUAAAAGCAAAAUGGCUGUGAGCUCCAGGGGAAGCAGCCUUAUAUAGGCUUCCCCUCCCCUCUCAGGGCUCAUGGGACAGCUUUUUCCCAAUGGCCUAUCAAACAGAGAUGAUACUGGGCCAAGCCUUGCCCAGUUUUUUGCUGCAAUCUAUGGGCCACAGCACCAUUGGGAAAAGGCAUCCCGUGCUUAUUGGGCACAGAACGGGGCUUACUGCAGUGUUCAACAUUUCUCUUAUGUUGGGAGUUUCAGCAUCUAAGGCUGCACAUGUGUGCACAUACCAAAUAUCUUUUUGACAUAUUGGGAGAUUCCUUUAUCCUCCCCCUACCUACCCCCAUCCAGGCAGUGGCAUCCAUUAUUUCAUUAUUUUGAUUGCACGCAUACAGCCCAAUGUUGCAUGUGAGGACCUCUGAAACUGGGCCAGUUUAACAGCAUUAGUUGCACACCUGCUACAAUUACUGCAUUGCCAUUUGGUAUCAUUAGUCAGUCUGAGAAGGGAACCUGGCUGCAUUCAGCACCUCUGAUUCUGGUUGGCCACUGCACAGUGUGGAAAUGUUACUUAAGCACAGUUUUGACCUCUUAGACGAAGAGUUGAAUUGUAUGCUCACACAAAGCAUAAACCUCAUCUUACAUAUUCAAGACUUUAUGGGUCUCUUGCAGCAUAAAUCCCAAUAAUAUUUGGGCACCAUCAUCCUUUGAAAAUAUGAUAGGCAUGGCAUUUGAAUCAUAGGCACACAUUGAUAAUGGCAAGGAAUGUGAAUGAGACCUGCUUUGCAUGCAUAAGCACAACAGAACCAUGAUGAGCUCAUUUCUCAUUGGAAACUAUUUCCCGGGCUUUCUUUUUUCCAGAUGUUUGAGAGGAUACGUCAACAGCAGCUUAUCAAUAUUUGAUCUGAGCGAGCUUGGCAUGGGAUAUUCAGGAUAUUGUAGGUAUGUAUUAUGUCACUUGCUUAAUUUCAGUGGAAACACCAAAGAAGCUUAACCAAAAAGUCUUGAAUAUCCUUUUAAACUGCUUUGAUGAAUACAGUCAGUAGAGUUCAGCUGAGGGGGAGAUGUUGAAAUUUCUCAGCAAAUUCACCAAUCCACCACAUCACUAUUUAUAUACAGUCAUACCUCGGGAUAAAUAUGCUUCAGGUUGAGCGCUUUCAGGUUGCACUCCGAGGCGACCUGGAAGUAACAGAGUGCAUUACUUCUGGGUUUCGCCGCUCGCGCAUGUGCAGACAGUCAAAAUGACGUCACACGCAUGCACAGAAGCGGUGAAACGCGACCCAAGCAUGUGCAGAUGCGCUGUUGCGUCUUACGUUCUGUUCGGGAUGAGAACAGGGCUCCGGAACGGAUCCUGUUCACAUCCCGAGGUACCACUGUACAUGGUUAAAUCACGUUAUUGUGUUUGCUUUAAAACAUUUAUAUCCCGCCUUCUAAGACUCACACCUACUUUGAUAAAAAAAUCAAAACCCAACAGGGCAAAGGGGUGGGGGUGGGGAAAUGCUAGAAGGUCAGUGGAACAGAGCGCACUUUUUGCACUUCAGAAGGGUUGCAGAAAAGAAAUGUUCAAAAUCUCAUUGGGUGGUUAUUCCAUAGCCUUGAGGGGAUUGCAGUGCUGCCUUCUCUUCAUAUCAUGUGGGCCUCACACAUAGCCCAUGAAUAGUACAGGAUCAUAUUUACUGUCAGAAGUGUGGAUAUACCAGACCACAAACUGUACUUCAUUUUUGCCUUGCGCAUAAUUCACUAAUAUUGCCUUUAAUAUCUUGUUUUCUAGACAUUCUAAUUCAUAGAAGGCAUUCAUUUAUUUUGCAACUUUGAUCAUAAAUAGGCACAUCUCUUACCCAUCCUUCACACUGUUUUGGUGGGUUUCCAUAUAUAGCUGCUUCUGUCUUCUGCCAAAACACCACUGAAAUGGGGAGCUCAGGCUGUCUGCAUGGUUACAAGUACUUCUAGUUUUUCCAAAUGGCUUUCAUCUCCUUUAUUUCCAUCACAGGUACAGAGAUUACAGAGCGCCUCCGUGGAGUUCAACACCCUAUGAGUUCACCUUGCAGUUCUGGCAUGUUCUUGCUGCUCGACUGGCUUUCAUUAUAGUGUUUGAGGUUAGUUAUAUAGUUAUGUACAAAGCUAAAAUUUACAUCCAUUGCUCUGCCCACAUUUGCCUCCAGCCCCACAAACUGUUGGAAUAUGGCUCCCAGAGGAUUAUCCAGAAGACAUUUGUUUGGAAGAGUUUCCCAUUCCCUGGUGUAAAUGAAACACACAUUCAUAACCCUCUAACUGCUGGCAUUAUGUUCACAUAGGGAGGAUUGGAGGAGCUGUUUUAAGCCAUGUAAUUUUGGGAUAAAGGAAAAGGGGUUCUUCAUCACUGGUACAAUAUGUAUUCUAUCUUCCCCUUUCAGCCCCCUGCCACAAGGAGACAGUAGAUCACUGAUAUAUGCUAAUAUUAAUAAUCAAGGAUAAGUAACUAGUCAGUGCAUUGCUUCCCAAAUAUACUGCCGCGAUCCAAGCAAGACAGAUCAGUGUAAGCAUUUUAAAUCUCUCUCUAUCUAUAUAUUCUUUCUCUUUUCAGCACCUUGUUUUUGGAAUAAAAUCUUUCAUUGCCUACCUAAUCCCAGACAUGCCCAAAGACUUGUGUGACAGAAUGAGAAGGGAGAAAUACUUAGUUCAGGAAAUGAUGUAUGAGGCUGAACUGGAGCAUUUGCAGAGAGAGCGGAAAAAGAAUGGCAAGCAGUAUCACCACGAAUGGCCUUAGUUAAUACGGAAGGAGAGUCACAUCGUCAGGACUGAAAACUCCCAGGGCGAGCUGAAGAAGAUGGGAAGAUUUGGGAACGAGG